AUGGCGGCUAUGCUUGGCGCAGCCCUGAUAAUAAGCAGCGGAGUGAACGCUGCGAUCUCGUGCUCAACGGUGACGUCAGAUUUAAGCCCAUGUUUGUCGUAUGUGACUGGCGGCUCCUCGCAGCCGUCAGGUGGGUGCUGUAGCGGCGUUCGCACUCUCAACGCCGCCGCCUCAACCACACCAGACAGGCGAGCCGCGUGUAGUUGCAUUAAAACCAUUGCGAAUAGUGCUCCGGGCUUCAGAUGGGAUAGGGCUGGAAGUUUGCCUGGUCAAUGUGGGGUUAAUGUAGGCUUUCCCAUCACUCCUUCUGUUAACUGUGCUAAGUAA